AUGUCACCAAGGCUUGUCAUUCAAAUAUGGCAAGUUGAUGGCGACCAGUCAACAAAGCCACGCAGAGGAGCCCUCCCAUAUGAACAAAAACAGGUGAGAAAUAAGAGGGGUAACCUACAUGAUCUAACUACAACACUGCUAUUAACCCAGAUUUUGAUCGAGAAUCCCUUCAGGACAAUGACUUCUAGGCCGGUAUCAGCCCAUGAUUUGGCACUAAAUAUGUCUCCGAGGCACAUACCGCUGAACACAAUCUAG